AGCCAGUUACUCGUUGAUAUUGAACUGUAUGUAGUGAUAAACAUAUGUUACAGAAGAUAGAAAAAGAUUUUAAGAUUAAAGUGAUUUAAAAAUGGAGUCUUUAUAUCCUGAAGUACAGACUAUAUUAAAAAAUAUUGCUGUAAGCGAAGGUUUUACAGAUCCAGAAAUAACUGCUAGUGGUCAAAUGGAUAAUGGCGAAGGGUUUACAGGUAACGUUAUAUUUAUAAGCAUAACUGAUAAACAACGUACUAAAGGAUUAGAUAUUGUAGUUAAACAAUCUAAUUUGAACCAGAAUGUAAGAGAUGCGAUUCCUGUUCAUACGUUGUACAAAAAUGAGAGUUACUUUUAUAACAGGAUUUGGCCUGAACUUAGCAAAUUACAAAAGACGUUGCCUAAUAUUGAUCCAUUUAAUAAUAUUCCUAAAUGUUUUGCUACGGAUGUACAUAAGGAUAAGGAGUGUCUUAUAAUGGAAAACCUCAUGACACAGCAGUUUAAAACAAUUGAAAAAAACGUGAGUUUUAGCGACGCAGAACUUAAAUAUAUAUUAACAAAAUAUGGAAAAUUUCAUGGAUUAUCUUUUGGAUAUAAAGCUAAAUAUCCAAAUAAUUUCAACGAAUUUUGUGAAACGUUAACUCCUUAUUGGAAAAUUCAGGGAGAUGAAAAACUUUUUAUUUAUUGCUUGGAAGAUGCCGUUAAAAAAUGUGAAAAAUAUUUAAGUUCAAACAAAGACAUCAAAACCAAAGAAUCUUUGGAAAAACUUACAAAAAAUUGUGUGGAGCUUUUUAAAAAUUCUGUAACGUGUACGGGUAAUUAUGGAGUAAUAACUCAUGGAGACUGUUGGAGUAAUAAUAUGAUGUUUAAAUAUGACAAAAAUGGAAAAAUCGAAGAUAUGAAGUUUAUUGAUUUUCAAGCAUCCUCUAAAGCUUCAGUUGUACAGGACUUGGCUUACUUUUUAUACUCAGGAUGCGAUAAACAAGUUCUCGAUAAUUUAGAUGAGUACCUUAUGGUUUAUCACAAGAGCUUGGUUGAAACUUGUUUGGCUCUUGAUUGCAAGGAGUAUAUAUCCUUUGAAGAACUUAAAAAGGAAUGGAAAGAAUACUGUUAUUUUGGUUUUAUGAUGGCGCUAAUAGUUUUUAUUGUUAAAUUUGCAAUUCCCGAAGAUAUAAAAAAAGCUAACCUGGGUGAAUUUGUGGAUGAGUUUAAUGAUUCUAGUAAAGCAAAUCCUCAACAUCAGAUUCGACUCGAUGAAGAAAUGAUGGGAAUGAAGUAUAAAGAAUUAUUCAAUCACAUGGUAAAAAAUAAUUUUUUGUAAAUAAUAUUAGACGUUAAAUAAAUUUUAUUGUUUUUUUUUUGUUUGUAUUAAAUUAUUAAUGAUGUAUGUAAAAUUGUUUAAGAAAUAAUGGACCG